AUGGCUUCCGAAUCGCAUGCCGUCGUCGACGACGCCGCCGAGGUCGAGAAGCUGUACGAACUCGGGGAGCGGCUGAACGAGGCCAAGGACAAGUCCCAGCACGCGAACGACUACGAGGGUAUCAUAAUGGCGGUUCAAGGGAAGAGCAUGAAGGCGAAGCAGCUGGCGGCGCAGCUUAUUCCGAGGUUCUUCAAGUUCUUCCCCGGUCUCGCGCGGAAGGCCGUGACUGCGCAGUUCGAUCUGGUCGAGGAGGAAGAUCUCGCGGUUAGAGUGCAAGCUAUUCGUGGGCUCCCUCUUCUUUGCAAAGAUAUACCAGAACAUGUUUCUAAAAUUGUAGAUGUUCUUGGACAACUACUAACAGUUGAGGAAAAUGUGGAGCGUGAUGCAGUGCAUAAAGCCAUCAUGUCCCUUUUAAGGCAGGAUGCAAAAGCCUCAGUGACAGCCUUGUUUAAGCAUGUUGAGAUGGGCAUGGAAUUAGUCCGUGAAAAAGUUAUUUGUUUUCUCAGGGACAAGGUGUUUCCUCUCAAAGCUGAGCUUUUUAAGCCUCAAGUGGAAAUGGAAAGACAUGUCAGUGAUUUGGUGAAGAAAAGUUUACAAGAUGUAACUGGUGCUGAAUUAAAAUCAUUUAUGGACUUCCUGAGGAGUUUUAGCAUAUUUGGGGACGGUGCUCCUCCAGAGCGUAUUCAAGAACUACUUGAGAUUAUUGAAGACCAGGCUGAUCUUGAUGCACAAUUUAAUGUAUCAGAUAUUGAUCACAUCGAUAGAUUGAUUUCAUGCAUGUGUAUGGCUCUUCCUUUCUUCAUGAGAGGUGCAUCAAGCAGCAAGUUUCUCAACUGUUUCAACAAACAUAUACUACCUGUCUUUGAUAAGUUUCCUGAAGAGAGGAAACUAGAUUUGCUGAAGACUCUUGCUGGAAGUUCACCUUAUGCAGCAGCACAGGAUUCACGGCAGCUUCUUCCAUCUAUUGUAGAAUUGCUGAAGAAAUACAUGCCUCGUAGAAAGACAGAAGAGUCUACCCUUAGUUAUGCCGAGUGCUUGUUGUACACAUUUCACCACUUAGCGUACAAGACUCCAAACUCCACAAAUAGUCUUUGUGGUUACAAGAUUGUGACUGGCCAGCCAUCAGACAGGCUUGGGGAGGAUUUUUCAGAUAGCUAUAAAGAUUUCACUGAGAGGUUGAGCUCAAUCGAGGAGAUUGCGAGGGCAGCUAUGAAAAAGCUAACUCAGCGGAUGGCAGAACACAAGGAAGCAAUGUCUACAGUUAAGACAGAAGAGGAAAAGGCUAAGAUCAAGAUGGAGCAGCAGAAAACCACCAGUGGAUUGCGGAUCUGCAAUAAUAUUUUAGCAAUGACACAGCCAUUGCAUGCAAAAGCCCCUUCAUUUAUUGGAGAUAAUAAAAUCAACUUAUCAUGGAAGGAACCAAUGACACCAUCACCAGCUUCAUCAACUGCAGCAGGGGUUAAGCGAAACACAGCAUCAAUUAAUGGCUCAAGCACGAACUUAACAGCCAACAAAAAGUGGCGAGGUGGAGUCACGCAGAGUCAGCUUGUGAACAGAGCUUUGGAGGGCUUGUCUCGGGGUGGGAGAAACAAUGGAAGAGGAAGGGGUUGGGGAGGCCGGGGAAGGGGAAGGGGUUACCGUUAGUUCAGACGAACACAGCAGCUCUUCUGCUUGAAGGCCGCCUGACAGUUUUUAUCUAUAUUGAGGAAGGUGGCUAGUUUUCCUUCUUAAACUCUAGAUCAGGCAAAAGGGGAUUCCUUGGUGCUUCUGUUGCUCAUCUGAUUGGAGCAGACUCAGAAAAUUGAUCCAAUCCGCACUGGGCUGGGCAUGUCUAAAAUGACCGACCAUACCAAUGCUUUGUAUGGGAGAGGCUGGAGGAAAUCUGUAAUCUUGGUUCUUUGGCGGCACCAAUCUUAUUGUGUGCGUUAGAUUUUACUGACCAUUUGUUGGUCCUCAGCUUCUUCUUGUUGGGCGUCUCACAUAGGUUUAGCGGUUGAAUAUUCAUAAAAUUCCCUAGUUCUUUUCAGCAUCUCAUAAUAUAGUAUGUUGUCAAGUGUUGAAUGUAAAUACUAUUAUUGCUAAAUUUCAUGAAAAUAAAUUAGCAAGCAAAUGUGAUAUGGAUA